AAAUUUGAUUUGAUUAUGACCCAGUCUCUCCCUUCUUCUCCCUCCUUAAAUACCUCUUUUUCUCCCCCUCCCUUCCUCCCUCCUUUGCCCUUCUCUUCUUCCUCACUUCCCUCUCUCUCUCUCUCUCUCUCUCUCUCUCUCUUUUCUCAGCUUCUGAUGAUACCGUAAUUGUAUUUCUGGGUAAUGAAAAUCAUGUUGUAAACAUACAUUCCAUGCAUUCAUCAUGACAUAAGCAUACGCAACCAUGCUAGAUAGCUUAAUUGUGAUUGGGAUGCAUAUGGUAUGCAUAUAUGUAUGUGCCUGGCUCCCUGUAUGCCAUUUGCAGAGCCCCACCGAGUAUCGAUGGCCUCCGUGGAUGGCGUAUGAGGAGCCAUGCAUAUUCCAUGUACCAUCCCAUGGUAUAUCUCUCUACUUUUGCAGGUUUUGCAGAAAGAGACGUAUUUUGUUCUCUGGCUUUUGCAGCAGAAAUCUCUCUCUUCUUCCCCUUGAUGAGGUAAACUCCCAUAUCUUCUUUUUCUUGUUCAUGUUUCUGUUCUUCCAGACAUAUAUAUGAAAUCAGAUGCAAUAGAAGCAUAAAUAAAUGGAGGUAAAGAAAGCCUCUCAAAAUCAACAAACUUAUCCCCCUUGUGUUGUGAAUUUUAAGAGUUUUCCCUUGCUUAAAUCUUAAUUUGCAUCCAUUGCCUAUUUUCAAAAAAAAAAAAAAAACUCUUAAUUUGCAGAGAUGAUAAGAAAUAGUAGAGAGAUCA